GUGCACAUGUGACCAGCUGAAACUAGUUCUGAAGACACAAAGGGAGCGGAGAGGGAGAUCGGGGCCAGAUAGCGGGCGGGCAGGCAGCGGAGCAGAGCAGAGCCGGCGGCAGAAGCAACAGCCUUCGCCAGGACGCACUCCCAGGCGGCGCUCAGUGCUCCCCGCAGCAUCCAUCCAGAAUGCAGGUCCGUGGCCUCUUUCUCCUCUUGGUGCUGAUUCUUCUGGCUGUAUCUUCUGAGGCUGGCAAGAAUAAAAAAGACAAGGUGAAGAAGAAUGGCUCCGAUUGUGAGGACUGGCGCUGGGGUCCCUGUGUCCCCAACAGCAAAGACUGUGGCGUGGGCUACCGUGAGGGAACCUGUAAUGAGGAGACCAAGAAACUUAAGUGCAAGAUUCCCUGCAACUGGAAAAAGGAAUUUGGAGCUGACUGCAAGUACAAGUUUGAGAGCUGGGGUGGCUGUGAUGCUGCAACAGGUCUGAAGGCCCGCUCGGGUACUCUGAAAAAAGCCCUGUACAAUGCCGAGUGCCAGGAUACUAUUCAAGUGACUAAGCCUUGUUCUCCUAAGGCCAAAUCAAAAUCCAAAGCUAGGAAAGGAAAGGGGAAAGACUAGAAUGAUGGACACCCCCUCCACCAUCAUCUUCAGGGCAUGAUGCCUGAAUCCAAUCGGACACACACCACUUGGAGCUGCAGCGUGGUCCCUCCCAGCUUGGCAAUGUUUUGCCAAACCCCACUACUCUUCUGCAUGCACAACUUUGUCCUAACCAAGAUACCGUUUCUAAACACUAGUUUUGUAGAGAGCAAGCCCACCCUGUACUGAAGGAGGUGCUGUUUGCCUUCCCUCUAACUUCUCCCUUCUCCCCCAUUUAUAUGUACCCCAGUGUUCUUUGCUCUGGUUCCCCCUUUCGCAAAGAAAUUAAGUGUGAUGUGUGUUGAGAUAGGCUGGGCUGAGUUAGGCUGUGGAUUCACAUCUGGGAUCCUUUGUCGAGGCCAAGUAGCCUUUAACACACCUCUUGCAACCUUACCUGGGAUGGUGAUUUUUCCAUGCAAUUUUGCCUUGCAGCAUACAAAUUAAGCUAACCGAGGUGGGCAGCUUCAGGGGAUUUUGGUGGGGAGGAGGUAAUUGCAGUCGGAAAAGGGCCCCAAAUCUGCCCUUAUUCUUACUAGAGAGACCAUGUGAGUAGGAAGGUUUGGACAUCUUUGAUGACAUUUUGGCACCGUCAGAUUUACAGGGAGCUAAAUCUGUACUUACUACCCAUGGUGUUUUGUGUGUGAGCAUGUGUGAUUACUUUUUCCAUGUUACCUCUCCCAUUUAUGUGUGUGCAUCAGGAUCACAUUCUGUUGGAGAGUCCCUAUUUCGGGAGAGAACUCUGUGUGUGCGUGUAUGUGAGAAAGAGGGUAGUUUCCUCUAUGAGUCACGUUUGCCCCAUUUUUUGCCAGCAGACUCCCUCCCCUUCCACAUCCAAACAAUAUCUUCUCCAGAGUUAAUGAGCAUUGUUUUUCUUUCAGUCAUGAUGUCCUCAUUCCUUCUGUCCCUUCUUAUCUGUAUUUUUGCUGGGACGCUGCAGCCUUACCCUACUUUAUUGGUGCUGGGGAAGCCUUCUCUGCUUUUUACAUCCCUCCCCUUUUCCAAUAAAAAUCUUUUUACAAAAAACAACUCUCCUCUUUUGUGUCCUGUUUCUGUGGCAGGUGCUUUAAAGGCCAUGAGCUGAGCUACAGGACUGCUAACUAUGUAGGAGGAUAACAGCCAUUUCUGGGAUUGCUGAGGUUCACCAGAUCCCGUGCUGCUGUGUGAGCAUAAGAAUGUCUUGAAUAUACAUAGGCGAGAGAGAGGAAAGGGAACCGGCCCUACAAACCUGACAGGCUAAAAGAAAGGUGACUGGAAGGCAGGUAGCAUUCUUCCAUUCAAAAAACUCUACUGCAUUUUUUAGACCUAUGGAGUGAGAUGCCCAUGACACGAGGGCAUUCAAAAUAACCAGUUGAGGCAAUGUGAGAACAAAUGCAAUACUUUUGGCUUCCAAAAAUGCUAUAAUGAGUUGUUAAAUUCCAUAUAUGUGGCGACUGGCCCUACAGGGAAUGUGGCUUGUAUGGAACUUACCUUUCUCUCUUGCUCAGGCCAAGGAAAGGACAAAAAGAGGCAUAAGGCAUCAAGGGCAGUGUUAGUUGCAACUCCUUGUCCUGAAACAAGAUUGCAGUGAGUUGUAGAUGUAGUUUCUGUCACAAGGUUGCUUCCUGUAGGCUGCAUGAAGACAGUUCUGUGAAGGGUAGCCAUUCAGAAGGGCAGAGCCAAAAAAGGACAUCCUUUUUGUGUUCUUGAAGGAUUUGUUUUCUGUAAUUAGCUACAAACAAUUGAAGCAGUGGUUCCACAAUUGAUGUAAAGUUAUGUUCUUGUGAAAAUCUGUUAAUAAUUGGUCAUUCACAGAGAAGAUCGUAGAAUUAUGUCAACUCAAAAGUCCUAUUCACCAAAGAUCCUACUUUCCUAGUAGUUUAUAGUCCCUCCUUCUGCACACAAUAACUCAGCAAUUCCGAAUUGAGCCUUAAAGGGUGGGGGGGGGAGGGAAGAAGGGGGUGUUACAUACAGUUUUCAUUUUUAAGUGAUUGUUCAUGUUAUUUUUUAUUAUCUGUGUAAUUAUCAUAUAAAAUAAUUUCUUUUUCAGUGGUUUAUGGUGCUAUUAAUAACAAAAAAUGAGUAGGAAAUUGCUUUGCAGCCCAAAAAGGAAAACAGACAUUAACAUUUUCCCUUAAGAGUUCAUUCAAGGACACGGGUCACUGGAAUUUUUACUGAACAGGAAGGGCAGAGGCAAGGGACUAUUCUGAAAGACAGUGGCCCUGAGUAAAUCUCAGUCACUCCAUACAUGGACAGGCAGGCACUACAACAGUGCUUUUUUUGUGAAACGAUCACCACAAAUGAGGUCUAAAAUAAAAUGGGAAAACCCCAUUAAAAAAUCCCCAUGGGAAUAUAAUGAGUUUUAUGGAUCCUCCACCAAAGAACAAAUCAAUAGUACUUGCUCCAGACUAAAUGGCCAUUGUCGAAGCAGCCAGAGUUGGUGAGAUAAACACCCUGCUGUGAUUCAGAGACAGAGUAGCAAGCUAGCAAAUACUUAACAAAGCAAAUACCCUCAUCUAUAAUUACACAAGUUCUAAAAUGAGUCGCCUAUCUUUCCAUCACACAAGCCCUGGAAUAUAAAUACAUAAAAUGUAAUAGAUGUAUUCAUUAAUUUAAAAAAUGCAAUAUACCACAUUAAAUAAAGUUAGUAAUCUCAAAUUA